AUGGCUAGCAAAAGAAAAUCCACAACUCCCUGCAUGAUACCAGUAAAAACACUGGUGCUUCAGGAUACUGGACUGGAUGCUGUAGAAGAUGGCCGUGAAGGAACGCAACCAGAUGCUCCUGCGGAAGGGCCAGCAGCUGGUGAUGCUGGUGCCAGUAACAGUAAUAACGGAGCUUUGUCUAACGGGCACCGCGGCAUUGCUGAAAGUGACACUUAUAUCUGCAAGUCUUGUGACUUUGGAUCUCAAGACAUUCAUCACUUCUUCAGGCACUUGGAUUCUGAGCACUUAGACUUUAGCAAAGACCCCGCGUUUGCGUGUGUUGCGUGCAGCUUUCUGGCAAAUAGCCAUGAAGGGCUCUCGCACCACAACGCAGAGUCGCACGCCAGCGAAACGAGCUUCGUCUGGAAGGUGGCUAAGCAGGACAAUCGCACAACUGUGGAGCAGAGUCUCUGUGAGGCCGCCAGCAGCCACGACCUUCCGGGAGAGGUCCCUGAAGAAGGGGUGGACGGCCAGUCUGAAAUUAUCAUUACCAAAACCCCCAUCAUGAAGAUAAUGAAAGGUAAACCCGAGGCCAAAAAAAUCCACACGCUGAAGGAGAACGUGUCAAGUCAGUUGGGCAGUGAGUCAGAGGUGAAGGACGGAGAGCAUUCAUUCCCAAACGGGUCCGUGCCGGUCAGCCAGCCCACUGCAGGCUCCACAAAAUCAUCUCAUGUGGUGAACGGCUCCAUCAUAGGAAAUGUGCCUGUUCUGCAGGCGGGUGUUGCACAGCUUGUGUCACUGCAGCCGCAACCCCCAUGCCAUCAGCAGCUACCUACGUCCAAGUCCCUUCCCAAGGUGAUGAUUCCUCUGAGCAGCAUUCCAACGUACAACGCUGCCAUGGACUCCAACAGCUUCCUCAAAAACUCUUUCCACAAGUUCCCCUACCCCACAAAAGCCGAGCUCUGCUACUUGACCGUGGUGACGAAGUACCCAGAAGAGCAGCUGAAGAUCUGGUUCACUGCCCAGAGGUUGAAGCAGGGCAUCAGCUGGUCACCGGAGGAGAUCGAAGAUGCCAGGAAGAAGAUGUUCAACACCGUUAUUCAGUCCGUGCCGCCACCCACCAUUACAGUUCUGAACACGCCGGUGGUCGCAAAUCCCGGGAGCGUCCCCCAUCUUAUUCAGGCGACGUUACCGGGCCACGUGGUGGGGCAGCCGGAGGGGACGGGGGGGCUGCUGGUCACGCAGCCCAUCAUGGCAAACGGCUUGAAGGGCACAAGCUCCUCGUUCACCUUGGCGGGGGCUUCUGUC